AUGUUAGCUUAUGGUUGUUCUGCUGAUCAAGUAGAGGAGUAUCUGAAGCUCGGUGAAAGCACUGCUAGAGAAUGUCUUGCACAGUUUGUCGACGGAGUACUUGCUCAAUUUGCAACUGAGUACCUUUGCAAGCCAAUAUUGGAAGAUAUCCAAUGCCUCCUUAGAGAAGGGGAGGAUAGAGGUUUCCCUGGCAUGUUGGGCAGCAUUGAUUGCAUGCAUUGGGUCUGGAAAAAUUGUCCAGCUGGAUGGAAAGGAAUAUGGGUUUAUCCAAAAUGGUCGACAUUCAUAAACGCUAUUGCAGUCCCACAAACCUUAAAGUAUAAAUUGUUCACUACACGUCAAGCGAGUACUAGAAAGGAUGUUGAGCUUGCAUUUAGUGUGUUACAAGCUCGGUUUGCAAUAAUUAGGAAACUUGCUUUGGCAUGGAGUGUAAAGUUGAUGUGGAAAAUCAUGAUGACUUGCAUCAUCAUCCACAACAUGAUAGUUGAAGACGAGCGUGAUACAUAUUUAAACUAUAAAGAUCCACUUGAAUUCGCUCAAGAACAGCCUGAAAAUAUGCCAGGGUCGUCCUCAACCAGAAAUGCUACAACAUUUACCGUAACUCCUGGGUAG